GGCGACUAUUUCGCGGCCAGUUUAUCCACCUGAACCCGCCUGAAAACUAUCCUGACUGUUGGAUUAUACUGUAAUUUGUGUCUUGAAACGAUGCUUUCGAAAAUCCUAAUAAUUUACGCGUUAACAGUCGCGGUGCUGGUGAAACCGGCGCCUCAAACUCCCUUCUCGACUUUGCCGACAAGAAUCCGCCCGUACGAAGAACAAUCGGUUCCAAUACCAUACGAUUUCAAUUACAAAGUGGACAACCCUCCGACGAACACGUUUUUUGGCCAAAACGAAGCCGGUGAUCAAGCCGGACGUGUAGCCGGCCAGUACUAUGUCUACCUUCCGGACGGAAGACUCAUGACGGUCGAGUACACGGUCGACGGCGAGUCCGGAUUUGUGCCUCGGAUCACAUUCCAAAACCAGGCAGCCGCACCCGCAACCCUCGUACGAGGAUAACGCCUUAAGUACCCGCUUAAUAAAUAAACGAUUAAUUUAAUUAA